GAAAGCUGGUGUUGUAAUUCUGAGGCAUUGUCCAUGUUUUUCCAGAAUGUUACAAGUUAUUCAGUAAGGUCUGAUAUUUUUUAUGCUUUUGGGGAAUGCAAGUAUAUUUUGCUUUAUCCUGUUUUAUUAUUUUAAGAUUUAUUAAUUUUAUUAUGUUUUGAAAGUUUACUGCAACAGCAUUUUGCUCAGGUGUCCCUAUAACAUGGUGAGCCAUCACUAGAGGGUGUGAUCGUGGAAGUUGCAUGUGAUGACGUCAUUAACUCCACCAUGUAAAAGAAUAUUAAUAAUACUAUGGAGAAAACAAAUGUGAACAUUAAGGAAGAGGACUGUGAGUGGGAGUCGGUGCACUUUCCUCAAGAGUGUGCCAGCAUCAAAGUGGAGGGUUCUGAAUGGAGACAGAUAGACGGUAAUGAAGAAUCUGAGCCAGCAGCUAAUGAGACUGCCCUGGAGAAAAGUGCAGUUGUAGAAGGCAUCAAAGCAGAAGACAUCAAAUCUGAGUCUCUCCCUCGGGAUAUCUGUCCAAGUGAAGAGCUAAUGGGAACAGGCUUCACAGAAAGUAGAUCUCUCUCUCUCUUGAGCCAUAUUGUCCAAGUGAAGAUGGAACCCUUGGGUUAUGACAUCCAAAGGACUGAGAGAGCAUCAUGUUCAAAUCAUUCUGUAGAAGAUUUACAUGAGAGUGACUGUGUCUCUCCACCAUCAUAUUCUCAUACCUCCCUUCAGUGCAGGCCACGGCACACACAACCUAAUGAAAAUAUGAAGAUACUCACAUCUGACUCAGAGAUUCUGAUACCAGCUAAUUUACAGUAUAUGUCUGUGCCAAUGGUGACUGUGACAACAGUUGACACAAUCAGCACUCAACCACAAGUGCAAGGUUCAGAUUCAACAGCUUCGGAUGUCUGCCCAGAUAUCAGGGAAACCUUUAAAUGCAAGUUUAAAUACAAAGAUGAUCCGAGUAGUUUUAUACGACGGAAGCCAUAUUGUUGUCCUGAAUGUGGAAAAGAAUUCUCUCACAAUAGCCAGCUUCAGAUCCACAUAAGAAUUCACACUGGAGAAAAACAAUAUUGCUGUUCUGAAUGUGGUAAACGAUUCUCACAGAUGAACAAUCUUCAAACUCACAUAAGAAUUCAUACAGGAGAGAAACCCUAUUGCUGUUCUGACUGUGGCAAACGAUUCUCCACCAGGAGCAGUUUUCAGAAACACAAAAGAAUUCACACUGGAGAGAAGCCAUAUUGCUGCCUUGAAUGUGGCAAACUAUUCUCACAAAUAGGACAUCUUCAGAUCCACAGGAGAAUUCACACUGGAGAGAAGCCAUACUGCUGCCUUGAAUGUGGCAAACGAUUCUCAGAAAUGAGAUGCCUCCAGGAGCAUACAAGAAUUCAUAAUGGUGAGAAGCCGUAUGGUUGCACUGAGUGUGGCAAAAAAUUUUCACGAAUGAACAGUCUUCAAAAACAUACAAGAAUCCAUACUGGAGAGAAGCCGUACUGCUGUUCUGAAUGUGGUAAAUUAUUCUCCAGCAAUAGUAAUCUUCAUAAACACAUAAGAAUUCACACUGGAGAGAAGCCAUAUGCCUGCUCUAAAUGUGCCAAACAAUUCUCCAGCAGUACUAGUCUACAGAUCCACACAAGAACUCACACUGGAGAGAAACCAUAUGGCUGUACUGACUGUGGAAAACGAUUCUCAGUAAUGAGAAAUCUUCAGACCCACACAAGAAUUCACACUGGGGAGAAACCUUACUGCUGCUCUGAUUGUGGAAAGCGAUUCUCAAUCAGCAGCAGUCUACAGAAACACACCAGAAUUCACACACAUUGUAGUGCCCAGAAUGAGGAAAGUAGGCAGAAGGAGUGAGUAGUACUGUAUGUGCAGCAGUGACACUCCAAACUAUUCAAGCCUUGAUUGACUCCAUGAGAUGUGCUGCUUUGAUUUUAGGUCUGUAUUAAAACUGUUCAAUUUGAAACUUCUUGCAUAGUAUGGGAAAGAUCAUCCAUCUUGGUUGAUGACAUCAUCCAUCCAUCCAUCCAUCCAUUUUCCAACCCGCUGAAUCCGAACACAGGGUCACGGGGGUCUGCUGGAGCCAAUCCCAGCCAACACAGGGCACAAGGCAGGAAACAACCCUGGGCAGGGUGCCAACCCACCGCAGUGAUGACAUCAUGCCACAUCAUUUCCUGACAUAUUUAUUGCUAGCAAACAAAGCACAGCCUAGCUAACACCAAUAUGUCUGUUGAUCUAAAACUUGAGGCUAAAAUUAUAAGCAGAUUAAUAAAGAAACACACAAUAAUAAAAAAAAAUCCUAUCUAAAGCAGGGUCUUGGAGUGGGCCCAUGGCAGGAACAAUUCUUGGACAGGAUACCAGCCCAUCGCAGGAUGAACACGCACACUGGAGCCAAUGUAGCAUCUCCAAUUCACCUAACGUGUUUGUCUUUGGACUGUGGGAGGAAACCCAUGCAGACAUGGAGGUAUAUUGCAAACUACACAGGUAGAGUUUUAACCCCUGUCUCCUUAUUGAGAGGCAGCCUUGCUACCACUGUGCCACUAUCAAAACAAGCAAUGAUAAUUAUGCAGCAAUGGCUGAAAUUUAGGAAAAAACACAGCAAAAUCAGUACAAAGGCCAGAUGGGCAGUUUUACUGGCCUCACCAACAUGGAAAGGGUUAACCCACGUAAAUGAGGCUAAAUAAAGAAAUUAAGAGGUCUGGGCACAGACCAGUGGUCAACCAAAAAUUAAGAGGAGAGCAGGCCUUGCUACGGUCCCAUACUAAAUUCUCAGUUUCUGGAUAAAGUAUAUGUCAGAAGGGCUUGUGCACAAAUGGUAUUGUCAAGAAUCCACAGGUGACCAGUUCAGGUUAUGGCCUCCUGUAAUCCACUAAGAGAAGAGGAUGAUAAAUUGACAGAAAAAAAGGCAAAGAUAAGAUCAAGGGGCUAUGAGAAUAGAAGGAGAAGCAGCCUGUUAUUAGGAGGAGGAGUGAUCUAAUAUUGUUUAAUAUGUCAAUAUCAGCCGAGAUGAGCAAAAAAAAAAAAAAAAAAGAGAGAAAACCACCAUAUUUAAAAAGAAAA